AAUGGAUCCUAUCAAGAAAUCCAAUAUGUAGUCGUUCCCCCUCUUCGCGACGCCCUCCUCAAUCCCCCGCCUGGCCAUGGCGGUCUCAGCUUCCGCUUCACUGUCGACCUUUUUCUCCGAGCACAAGCCCUUCGAGCCCAACACUGAGGCCAUCAGGCAGCGGCUCCUCCGCAAGGGCGUCUUCCCCACUCCCAAGAUCCUCCACGCCCUACGCAAGAAAGAGGCCCAGAAGGCCUUCCGCAGAUCCAAGAAACGAGCCCUCCAAGAACAACCCCCUCCCCUCUCCGAGGCCCAGAGGCGGGCCUUGGAGGACGAUGACCUCUUCCGCACCGUCUCCGCCGAGUACGGUGCCGUGAGAGAGGAGCUCCGCCGGAGGGACGAGAGGGCGGUGGCGCUCUCUGGGAGGCCGUGGGAGGGCUCCAAGGCUGUCAACUUGCGAGGGCUCGCGAGCGCGAUGGAGGACCCCGGAGGUGGCAGGCUGAGGACUGAACACCUAGAGGAGCUGAGGCGGAUGCUAGCCGAGAGGAACGAGGAGCGGUUCCGAUGGCUAUUGGUUAACGAUGAAGUAGAGGAUACAGGUGGUUUUGUAGACAAACAAGAGAGGAAGGUGCCGAAAUCGAGGCUGGUGGUAGGAGCUGAAGAGAAAAUUCGCUUGCUUGUGGACAGGCUCAGUGCUACGGAUUUAAGUUUGCAUGACUGGAAGUUUUCAAGGAUAAUGAAGCAAUCGGGCAUGUUCUUUACUGAGAUGCAUUUGCUUAAAAUAGUUGAACGACUAGGGGUUCUUGGAAACUGGAGUCAGGCACUGUCUGUUGUGGAAUGGGUGUACAACGAAAAGCAAUACAAGCAUAGGAAAAGCAGGUUUGUGUACACCAAGCUUCUAGCUCUUUUAGGCAAGGCAAGGAGAUCAACUGAAGCUCUUCAAAUUUUUAACAAAAUGCGGGAAGAUGGCCAGAUAUAUCCUGACAUGGCUGCAUACCACAGUAUUGCUGUUACACUUGGUCAAGCUGGACUUGUGAAUGAGUUAGUCAACAUAGUUGAAUGUAUGAAACAAAAACCCUCUAAAACACUCAAGAAUAUGAACCGCAGAAACUGGGAUCCAUGCUUGGAGCCAGAUGUGAUCAUUUACAAUGCUGUGCUGAAUGCAUGUGUGCCAUCCCGUCAAUGGAAAGGGGUGUUUUGGGUUCUGGAACAGAUGAGGCAUAGGGGAAUAAAGCCUAUUGGAGCAACUUAUGGAUUAGCAAUGGAAGUCAUGUUGAAAGCGGGAAAAUAUGAUCUUGUACACAAGUUCUUCGAAAAGAUGCAAAGAGGUGGAAUAGUUCCAAAAGCUUUAACUUACAAAGUUCUUGUUAGAGCCUUUUCGGAAGAAGGUAAAGUAGAUGAAGCAGUCAUAGCAGUCAGGGAAAUGGAACGGAGAGGAGUAGUUGGAGCAGCUUGUGUUUAUUAUGAAUUAGCAUGUUGUCUUUGCAACAAAGGGAGAUGGCAAGAUGCAAUAAUUGAGGUUGAGAAGCUACAAACACUUCAUCUUACAAAACCUUUGGAGGUGACAUUUACUGGCAUGAUCCUAUCUGCAUUGGAUGGUGGACGCAUUGCUGAUUGCAUCUCAAUUUUCAAGCACAUGAAAGACCAUUGCACUCCUAAUAUUGGAACCAUAAAUGCCAUGCUGAAAGUUUAUUGUUGCGGAGACAUGUUUGCGAAAGCUAAAGAACUGUUUGAAGCUACUAAAGCCACCUAUUGUCGAUCAAAGCCCCACUCUGCAAAUGGUUCAUCUCUUCAGCUGGAUGCUUAUUCAUUCAAAUCCAUGCUAGAAGCAUCUGCUUCUGCUCAACAAUGGGAGUAUUUCGAGCAUGUGUAUAAGGAGAUGACUCUCUGUGGUCACCAGCUAGAUCACAGGAAACAUUCAUGGCUACUAGUUGAAUCAUCUAGAGCUGGAAAGUGGCAUUUGCUGGAGCAUGCAUUCGACACAGUACUCGAAGCGGGAGAAAUUCCUCAUGUAUCACUGUUUUUCGCAAUGAUAUUCCAGACCAUUGCGCAACAAAACUUUGCAAGGACAGCAAGUCUCCUCAAUUGCAUGGCUCAUGCUUCACUCAAGGUAAGUGAGAGUCAGUGGGCAAGCCUCCUCCGGAGGGACAUGGGUAGGUUUAGCAUGGAGAGGUUGGAAGAUCUGUUGAACCAUUUGCAGAGCUGUAAUGUUGUGAUGGAAGAUCCUGUACCCAAUUUUUUGAAGUCACUGCAGUAUGUUUGCGGUACUAGACUCUUGAAGGAUGCCUCUACCUCUGCAGAGUCUUAUGUGGCUUCAAUGGACGACGACACUUUGGAUGAGAACGACAGUGAUUUUGAGAGUGUUGGCAGGAUUCAGGACUAUCAACCUGGUGAACUGUCUCCUGAAAUUAAUGGUGGCUGCGUCGAAACCUUAGAUGAAGGCCAUUAUAGAGAUGAGAGUUUGCAGCAUUACGACUUGGAGCCUUCUGUUACUGAUAAAACACUGGAUUUGCUGACUGCCCACAUUGGAACACCAUUCUCAGACUUGCCACCAGCAUCAGAAAUACUCGAGAAAUGGAGACAAGACAGGACUAAGGAUGAUAUGUUAUCCACUCGACACUGAAGACAAGGGUUCAGUAUCUUCUUGUGAUGAGGAACUGUAAGAGUAUAUUGUUUUUCCUCUUGACGUAUAAUAUUUAUUUUCUAUGGAACGCCUAGCUUCUAAAAUAAAUAUCUGACGCCAGAAGUGCAUUUGUCGAUAAAGCUAAUAAUAUUUUUGGGUGAUUUUUCUGAAAAA